UAUGGCCGAAACAACAUGUUUAAUGUUAUGAUUAUCAACGCAGUGACGGUCGUUUUCAUGAAUCGAUUAAAUUGAAAAUGUCUGAAAGUAGCUCUGAUGAAAACGCUUGUGGAGACGCUUGGACCUUCUACAGGGAUAAGCAAGAAUGGAAGGAUGUUACCCCAAUCCCACAGGACGAUGGACCCCACCCAGUGGUUCAGAUCGCUUAUUCCGAGAAGUUCAGGGAUGUUUAUGACUAUUUUCGAGCUGUUGUUUCUGCUGAUGAAAGAAGUGAAAGAGCUCUGCACUUGACAAAAGAUGCCGCCGAACUUAAUUCUGCUAACUACACUGUUUGGCAUUACAGAAGAGUAAUUCUAAAAGAAUUAAAAUCUGAUCUGUCGGUUGAAUUGAAAUAUAUAUCAGAAGUUAUUGAAGAUAAUCCAAAGAAUUAUCAAGUUUGGCACCAUAGAAGAGUGAUUGUAGAUUGGCUAAGAGAUCCAUCGUUAGAGUUGUGGUUUACAGAAAAGAUUCUUCGUCAAGAUGCUAAAAAUUACCACGCUUGGCAGCAUAGACAAUGGGUUAUUCAAGAGUUUGAUCAAUGGGAUAAAGAGCUGGUGUACAUUGAGAAAUUGCUGAAAGACGAUGUAAGAAAUAAUUCUGCCUGGAAUCAGCGAUAUUUUGUAAUAAAAAAUACCACUGGUUUUACAGAUGAAGUAGUUCAGCGUGAAUCUAAAUAUGCACAGGACAAUAUUAGAAAAGCCCCUGGUAAUGAAAGUGCUUGGAACUAUUUGAAAGGUGUACUCAGUGACCGAGAUUUAUCUAAAUAUCCAGGUCUAAUGGACUUCUGUAGUGAAUUAUAUGAUACUCACUAUAGGUCACCAUAUCUGUUAGCAUGUAUGGUUGAUAUUCAGGAAAAUUUACUGGAACUACGCGAAGGAAAUAAAGAAGAAGUAUUGAAAAAAGUAUUAGAGUUAUGUAAAUUGCUGGCAGAAGAGUAUGAUACAAUUCGAAGGGAAUAUUGGCACUAUAUUUCUCAGUCUAUAGCAACACAAUAUGGUACAGAAGUGAAUAACAUCUAAUAAAUUCCAUUAACCUGACUCUCCUUUCCACUAAGACUGAAAGACAUUAUUAACAUAAUCACCCAAAUCAAUAAAUUGAAUUUAUUUACAUGUAUUUGUAUUCUUCCAGUUAGCGAACACAUGGCUAUCUGUAAGACAAUAAACAUUAUCAAUGAAUGUGGGUAAUAA